UUGAAGAAGUAAGACUUUUACCAUUUGGCCUUUUUCAUAAAUUUAUACAACCAUUGUCUGUUCAACCUCACUACCUACUUUCUGUUACAAAAAAGUGAUCAUAACAUCUGCGAUAUAUAUUCCUCAGCUUGAACUAUUUGGGUUUUUCAAAGCAUUUCCUUGAUUUACUACCAAGCCCUAGACUGUCUUUUCUUUGUCAUUUAUGGUUACUGCCGUAAGCCUUCCAGUUUGUGAUCAGAAGCAUUCCCUGGUAUAGAUACUGACAGUUAUUUCCGUUUUUAAUCCAGACUUGGAAAAAACAAUGCAGAAUUUUUCCAAUAGUCCGGUUCCCUCUUCGCUCCCCCCGGGGUUUAGUGGGAGGGGUGGAGGGGGAACUCCCUAUCCCCCUCAGCCAGCAGACCCCCAGAUUUCCCCAAGGAUGACAGAUGAUUACGCAGGGAUGCAACAGCAGAGCCUGCACAGAGGCCAUCACCACCCCAGUCAAGCCAGCCACAUGCUUGCUUACAGUGCUAGAAACAGAGGUGCUGUGGAGGCAUCGCCGACACAGGGUAACAUUCACAGCGCCAACACUAACAACCCCUACAGGAAGGACGCCAUGGAUUAUUAUUUCUCAAUGGGUGGAAAGGACAGGCACAGAAGGGGGGGCAUGGCUUAUGGGGCAGGGUUUGGGUACCCUAACAUUGAUGGACAUAUACCUCACCAGUACCGGCAUUCUGGAUCUGGUUCUGCCCCAGCCUCUGGCCUGAUGUCACCAUAUCCAGUAGACUAUGGCUCCGGUGCUGGUUCGGGUGGAGGUGCCGGUGCUGGAGCGUUCUCUCCUUCUCAUCAGUACAAUAUGAGUCAGAAUGCUGCAAUGCAGUCAGUGCCUGGUUCUCAGAUGCAGCACCGCCAGCUUGGACAAACCUUCCCAGCUGUCCACCAUGGACAGCAGCAUAGGAACUAUCCACACUCUGGGCACAGAAUGACCCCUCAGUACCCACACUACUCCCCACAGGGUGGAGCAUCCACAGGGUCAUCGGGAAUGUACAGCCCUCCUCCACAGAGAUAUCUCGACGGGGCUGCUAGCGUGGGGUUCGAUCCCAAAGUCAACAGUUCUCCCAGUGUCAACGCUAGUUCAAACUCUCUCUCCAGUUCAGUUGCUGCUAACAAUGUUGGGCCAAUGGAGAAUGUUCAGCAAAGCUACCAUGCUUCAAAUUAUCCUGGAUAUUCCCAACAGACACUUUCACUUCACAAGCAAGCCGCCCUCCAGCACCGCAACUCGCAGCACAAUUUAGGGGUAGGCUAUGACAACUCUCUCAAGAUGCAGCACCAGGGCCCGCCUCCAGGCUCUGUAUAUGCUAAACAUCAUCAAGCCUCCAAUCCCAGUAUACCUCAAACAGCAUCUCAUGAAAUAGCCAAAUCCCCAAUGCAUCCCAAUGCUCAACAAACCCAAAUUAACCAAAACUUUAGCCCGAUAUCCAACCCCUCACCUGCUGCCUCUGCAGUGCAUUCCCCCAGUUGUAGCUCCUCUCCUUCACCUUUGAUGGGCGUCUCAGAGGUACAUGCAAACCCCUCAGGUCAUGGUCCUUCGCAUCCUCCUUCGUCAAACCCCCGUAGCAGCCAUGGUCAAGGUAGAUUACUGCAGACCAUGCCACAAUUAAGUCCCACACCCAACUCAAAUAGCAGCAUCAGUAGUUGUGGUAGCAGUGGCAGUCAUAAAGCUCACAGCAUGAGUGCAGUUGGAGGGAGCAGUCAUCCUCCGACGGGCCGAAACAAAUUGGGUUUAGGCACAGGAGUAGGAUCUCGAGAGGAAAGCUCCUCUAUUUAUUCAUGCUCUCCACUUGACAAAAUGCAGGAUGCUGGCCUGAAUAGUCUUAAUGCCUUGAGCUCGCAAGUAGCCAAUUUGCCAAACACAAUUCAGCACAUGCUCCUCACCGACUCAGUGCUUUCACAGAAGAAGGGAAAGGAUGUGGGGCAGAUGCAACAGGCAACGCAUGGGGCGCCCCCAUCACAACCAAGAAGUCGAAAUGCAAGUGCAGCCUCAAGCACUAGCACCGUUAAAGAUGGAAGUGCACCAGGGAUUGGUGAUGGCGCCAGUUUAGAUGCUGGUGCUGAUGAAGACUCCUCACUGAUGUCAGUUGGAGGCUCAUCAGGGACCAAGGUGGAGCGUGAAGAGCAGUUUUCUGAAGGGGAACAUGGGAGAGUGAGGCAGAUGAGUGGUGCUAGUAGUGGCUCUGAACCAACUGGCUAUCACCCUCCCUCUCAGAGUCAAACACAGACUGGGCAAGCAUCAGCUGUUAAAAGAAUUGCCUCACAUUCACCGUCAAAAGAACCAAAUGUUUCAGAAACAAAAGCAAAUGAAGCACGCAUUCCCUCUUCAUUAUCUCCAUCCUUUGGAUGUCAGUCAUCAGAGACUGGCCCAAUUUCACAUUCAACACCUCCAGUUUCCUCAUCCCCAUCAUCCACCUCCUCCAGUAAUCCUCCUCUGCAGCCAAAUUGUGUGUCAGAGCCUGGUCUCACAUACAAUGACCACAGAGGUGGCCAUAGGAGGACGACAGAAAUAAAAAAUGAGGUCAUCAAAAAGGAAAGUGAAGGCUCAGCUGACAAAACAGAGAAAGUCCGUAGCCAAACGCAGCGAGUUGGAGAAGUCAAUUCACAAAAUUGUCAGGACAAAGAAAACCGGUUGCACACUGCAUCCAGAUUACACAAUAAUGAGAGGGGAGAAAAGCAAGAAUCUGAGGAGCACCAGAGUGCCAGCAGUGUUGGUGUGAUUGUUUCAGCUCGGUCUGAGGGAAGUCACACUGAAAAAAGCAAGCAUCCCCAAGGCAACUGCAUAGAAGAGAAACACUCUUUCUUAAGAGAGUCGAGCAGCCAUAAUGGGGAGGAAGGUGUAGAUCUGAGUUUAUAUUCCUCCCUUCACCAAAAAUCUAAUUUUGGACGGCCUCAAAAUCCUCCCCAGUCUGGACCGCAUAAAUAUGUCUACCCAGAAUCAACAUAUGGCUCAGAUUUGACAAUGAAAAGCAGAGGGAGGGCUGGCCCGGCGAGUGUAAUGGAAUCAAAUUCCAGAUACUUAGGGUAUCAACAAUCACAGGCUGGUUACAGCCCUGUUCAUCCAAAAGAUGCUGGUUCUGUAGCAGAGGCUUUGGUAAAGAGAGGGCAAGGAGCAGGGGCUAAAGGUCAUGAGGAUAAUUUGCAGCAAUUCCCAAGCCUUUUACAAGAGGUUCUUCAAGGUUACAAUUUAGAUAGACGUUAUAGCAGACCAGAGCAGGCCUUUCCGGCCCAUCUCCAAGUACAACAACAGUUUCAAACCAGACACCCGUACGGCAUAUCUGAGGCUUCGGCUCAUUCUGGACAAAUGGGGAGCACUGGAAAGCCUCCACAUCCAAACCAGAGGCAUGGAACGGAGCCUAGUUUCCCCACAGAUGCUCAGUCCAAAUCAGAAAUGUCUAUUACUAAGAUAAUGCAAAAUGCUGAGAAAAAUGACAUGGGCAUGUCCCAGAGCCAUUUAACACAGGCGGCGGGGACUCAGCAACCCCCAACAAAACAUAUAAACUUAGCUGAUUAUUCCCUACCACAGAGAAAAGCCUUAGCUAAUGUGUCCACCCCGUCCUCUGCUGUGCAGGAGCUCCUUUUGCAAGAGCCAGAGCCGCUAACAGGCGGCAAUAGUCAAACUGAGUCUCAAAAAUCAUCAGGCUCCAUAUUAGCCCCAUCAGAGCGGCGCUCUGUCAUAUGUGAUGUGUCGCCAAACCAACGCGGCACACCAGAGAGGGACAGGGAAAGUGACAGAGAGAGAGAGCGGGAGAAAAGUCAGACUGGAGCCUCUGUGAUUCAACAGCCAUUUUCCUCUCCAGCAGCAGCCAGUGAUCUGAGUAAAAAGGAUAUUGGAGAGAAACAAGUGGUGAAAAUGGAAACGGCAUCAAGAGAGGCUGGCUCAGAGAACGCAAAUUUACAGACUGAUAACCAUGGCAGUGAUGCUGAUAUGGAGUAUCAUUCCAAGUCUGUUCACUCAUCUGCUGUGAUGAAUGCUGACCCCUAUAGGCGAGGGAAUGUUGAUAUUACACCCUUGCCUUCUCAUUCUUUGAGCUCCAACCCUUUAUCUUCACCUUCAAGGCAUCAGUCCUAUCUUCAUGGUGUUGAUUUGUCAACUGGCAGUGGCAGCAGUUUUCCUGGAUAUCGAUUUGGAGAUACAAGAGAUGGGAAUAUGAUACCACGCAGUAACCCCCAUUUUCCCUCCCACCAUCCGUACCACAAUUUAUCCCCCCAGGCACAGUCCACCAAUAAGCUUCAAAUGUAUCCUCACCCUCGUGGGCCCCCUCAUGUCCCUCAUGACAUGAAUGACUGGGUAAAAGCAAUGAACAGGCCAUCAAAGGAGAUGAUGAUGCAUCCUGGUUCUUCUCCAGGAAGACAUAAGGUCAGCCAAUCAGAGCCGAGGCAGAGGAUUAUCUCACAAACUGAAAUGCCUGGUGAGCUACACGCAACCAAAACUUCACUCCAUCAUCAAAGCGCUUUCUUUGAUUUGAAAAUGUGGGAGUCGACACACUCUGGAAGAGAAGGCGCUAGGAUGAUAGAGGGAGACUCCUUCUACAGAACACAACCGCCUCCUCCGCUCCCUCUUUCUGCUCCUCUAGCUUCACACGUCCCCAUUCCACCACAAAUGACUCAUGGCCUGAAUGCUGCUGAACCUGAGGUCCCAAGAGGAGUCGCAGAGGAAGUCAAACAUCCCUGCCCACCUCCUCCACCCAGCAUCACUAAGCCCUCUGCUGAGAUGAACUCCACACAGCCACAGGUGCAGCGUCAGACUAAAGCCGGGGGUUCUGGAGACACAAAUCCGCUCAUAUUGCGAAGGAGGGUUCGUUCUUUUAUCUCUCCUAUUCCCGCCAAAAGGCAACUCCAGGAUGCGUCUCAGCAGAGAGCUGCCACAAAUUCACAUCACUCCCCUGGGGCUCAGUCUGAGUCUAGCCAUCACAAUGAAGAUGACUCAUCCAGUUCAGAUAUCCCAUGUCCCAGGCUCUCUUCCCCUCUUCCUGGAGAUAAUACCUAUUUACAACCUCUAUCUCCAUCAAGUGGUAAUGCCAGGGCUGUGCCUCCCAGGAAAGGACGAGGUUUGAAACUGGAGGCAAUAGUCCAGAAAAUCACACCAAAUCUAAAAAAGCCACCAGGCCAUGUUGAUGAUGAGUCAAAUCAUUACCCAGGCUUCUCCCACUCAGAAAUACCACCGUUUAAUGAUUCACAGGACCAAGACUUGGCACAUUUCCGUAGGGUUGCAGGAGGGGAUGAUAGUUACAUGGAUGACAGUCAUUCAUUAAACGACUUGAUUUCCUUCAGAGGAGUUGAUGAGACCGGGCCUUUACCUCCGUCUGCCUACCCAUGUGAUCCUCAUCAGACGUCCCAAACCCUAAAACAAGACUUUGACUUUGGAUUAGGAUCCACUGUUUCAUCGGCAUCUGGUGACAAGGAGGAUUUUGCUUUGCUUGGACCUUUACCCCCUCCUCCACCGCUUCCUCGCCCAGUCCAGGGUUCCCCACCUCCAUCUUCAUCAGCCCUGUCCGACAUUCAACAUUUCACCAACACUUACCAGCAGCUUGAGACAAGAAGAGGAGAGCAGUCGGCGGCUAACCUUCUUCGGCAGAAACUUCAAGAGUCUGGCAUUGGAUUUGAUGAUUAUCCUGGCAGUGACUACUAUGGCACCCCACCCCACCAUAACCAGGGUCAAGGACACAUGCUGAAUAGGCAACAUCAGAUGUCCUCUAGUAGGUCCAGCAUGUCGCCACAAGAUUCUAAGCUACAAGACAGUUCAGUGCCUAAAGGCUAUUUCCCAUCUGGCAAAAAGAAGGGGAGGCCAGUAGGAAGUGUGAAUAAACAAAAAAGGGCCCAGAACCAAGCCCAAACACCGGGGCAGGGUCAGCCCCAAGAACAGGCCCAGGGCACAACUCAGAGCGAACCCCCAGCCCCACUAGAGCCAACUACAGCUGGUGCCACAACCCCGCCGUUGGUGCAGACAACGAGCAGCACACCACCCCCUGCAUCAGACCCUCUGACCGACAAUAAAAACACUCCCCCACUGACCCCGCCCAUUUUAACCCAGAUAGUGAAAGUGGAUGUUGAGAGCGAGGACACACAGCCAGAGGUUGAAGUCAAACCGGUGCGAAGGAGACGCAGAGGUGGAAAAGAUGCGGAUGUGUCGCUGGAGGCAAGAGGACGACAGAGGAGGAGAAGGAGAGGAGCAGCACCGACGGCACCAUCGAUGGACAAAGACGACCCAGAUACACCUUUAGGGGGAGGAGGGAGCCAGGGCACAAAUAGAGUAAUUGUGGAUCCAAAUAGAAAGGGCCCGUUUUUUCCGCACAUACAUGUGGAGAACAAAGUACCAGAGAUCGGGGCAGUGUGCACCAUUGUUAACGGUGAGAUUGAUUCUCCCCUGACCUCAGCUCUGACCUCCCAGUUAUCUAGGAGAGACAGAGAAUCGGAGAAAAGGGACACCGACGAGGUGGAGACUACACUUCAGUCGGGAAAAGCACUCCCUUCAUCUGGCUUUAUUGUUUCAGGCCCCGUGAUUACAGAGACCAAUCACUCUGGCCGCCUGCUCUGCUGCCUGUGUCAGAAAUGGGCAAAUUACAAACAUCUCGGAGAUCUCUAUGGGCCUUUCUAUCCAGCUGAAUAUGCCGCAAAGCUCCCCAAGAACCAGCCCCAGGUCCGACAAUGUCAAACGACCACAGGCACAAACAAAACGGGACCAACCUCAGACAUGAGCUCAAAUGCUCUGUGCACCAACCAAGACACACAAACACAAGAUGCUCAGUUUAUCAAGCCCCCACCUGAGCCCGACUAUGCCAUCAGCCUAGAUUCAAACCCAGUACCUCUCACCACUAGAGUCAGAGCGGCACCAACAGCUGGUGGAGAGGAAAUGAUGAUGCAAAUGACCGGCAAGUUCAGUAACCCCGCCUCAUUUUCCUCCUCCUCUUCGUCCUCUUCGUCCUCCUCGUACUACACCAGUAAAACAACGUCUCUGACCUGGGACAUGAAUCUAGACAUCCGGCCUAUCCCGACGCUUAAGAGAGAGCCAGACCUUGAUAUGGACAAGCAACAGCCGCAAAUCCAGCAGCAGCUGCAGCAGCCAACAGACGAAGCUCAACAGCGACCCCAGCACAGAAAGCUGACCUCACACCCCCGCUUCAAAAGGAGGCACAAAUCCAGUGAGGAUUCCCCCAGAAUGGUGCCAUCCAACAGUAAGGCCUCCUUGCCCUUCCAGCCCCCUCCGCCCGCCCUGGACUCCCUGGGACCCUUGGCCCAACUCGCCCAGCUCCCUCAGAUGCCCAUGGACCCAGAGGAGCUGUGGGUCCAUGAAGGAUGCAUAGUGUGGACCAGUGGGGUGUAUCUUGUCAACGGGAGACUGUAUGGCCUGCAGGAGGCACUAGAUGGCGCCAGAGAAACAUGCUGCUCGUACUGUGAGAUGGUUGGCUCAACCCUGGGCUGCUACAGCAAAGGCUGUACACUCCGCUACCAUUACCUGUGCGCUAUUGAAGCAGAUUGCUCUCUGAACGAAGACAACUUCUCACUGCGGUGUCCGAAGCACAAGGUAAAGAAGGAGAGUUUACCCAGAGCAUCCGGCCAGCCAAGUCAGUGUACCUGGAGCAGUCAGAGAGAGGCUGAGAGAACCGCAGAAGAAGAAGAGACACAGGAGUCUGGGAGCUGUUAGUUUGGUCAAUAGAAGACUGAGAAGCUGGACUUGUUUGUGAAGCAGUCCGAAAUGUGAAAGGACAGGACUGGCAUCCGUGACAGAGAUCAACAAAAGGGAAUGUACAAUUUCUCAACGGGAAUCAGCAUUAUUUACAUGUAAGACAAUGGAGAAAAAGAAAACUUUUUUUUUUCUUUUUUUCUAAGAGAACUGUUGCUCUUUACUUCAAAGCAGAAAAAGAAAAAAACAUGAACAUGCAACAGAGCGGAGUGGAGCUACAAGUAAAAGAUGAAAAAAUGAGACGUCAAGACUGAUGAUGGAACUAAAGGAACUUUUUUUGUAGAGAACAAAAGAAACAAACUUCCUCUCUAGGCUUACUUUGAUUUUCCUCAGACACCCUCAAAGUGUAAAACUCUUGUUUAUCAUCAUCUGUAUUAUCAUUAUCUUUUUUUUUUACGGUAUUUUUUUGGUUGCUUUGCAGAGGUGUUUUGGGAGCAAGCUGGGUGUCAAAUCCAGAAAAGAAACGGAGAGAAUUUAAAUAUCCUCUCACAAGUAGUAUUUUAUCUUAUGAUAUUAGGAUGACCACGAUUAUUAUUUUAGUCCUCAUUAUCAUUUUGUAUCCUUGUCAGUAUUUACUCAUGAAAUGAAAUGGAUGUAUUUCACUUUAUAUUCUGUCAACACAUGAAUUCGAUUUCCUUUUUUUUUUUUUCAUUCCUGGAGAGGGAGGAGCCAGAGUGAUGUCUGGAAUGUCAGGGUCGAGUUUGCCACAAAGACAUUAUUGCCUUGGAGAACGGACAUCUGUUGCCUUUCAAAAGUCAUGUGUGUGUGUGUGUGUGUGUGUGUGUGUGUGUGUGUGGGUGUGAGAGUGAGAGAGAGAGAGAGAAACUGAAAAAAAUGCCGAUAUCUGGGUCUUUGAUUCCAUUUUGGUCCUUUUGAAAAGUGUUCUUAUUUUUCAUCACUGGGGUUUUUACGGUACAGAUAGUAUUCAUGAAAAAAAAAUUCCGAUGGACACAAUCUUAUUUUUCAAGUACAAAUGUUCCUAAUGUGCAAAGAGAAGGACAGAGGAGGGGAUAACACUAUGGACUAAUGCGUGUCCGCCAUCUUUGAACGUGCUGACAGGAGGAAGAUGAACACGAGGACACAGAGGAGUUUUCAUCGUCAUGGAGCUGUGUACUGGGUGCACAAGUUAACACGAUCUACAUGGGAAUUUACAUUUGACUGACACGCCGUACAGUGAUGAAAAACAUUUUUGGUGAACUAGAAACUUCGGAGAAGGUGUCAUAUGAACGGCUGUGAUUGGCCAACCGUACUGGCCAAUGAGGAGUUAGCCUUACCAAGUACUUCUGAAUGGUUUCGUUAUGCGUGACACAGCAGCGUUUCGAUCGGGAGAUGCAAAAUCCAUUCUAAAGAAGCAUUGCCAUAAAAUUUUAAAAGUGAGUCGUACAUGGUGUUGUCUUUAUCAUUUUUUAUUGUUAUUCUUGUAAAAAAAAAAAAAAAAAAAAAGUCAAACUGAGAAGAAGACAGUUACACUAUCAGAACCAUGCUGUAUUAGAAACCUGUCAAUAUGUAUAUGAAUUAUGAAUACACUUAAAAAAAA